AUAUAAAGCUUACCAAACUCAUCUCGAAGUCACAGUGCCAUCCAUUGUUAUCUACGCUUCGCAUUCGUGCCAUAGUAGUGUAGAACGGUUCAUAGAGCAGCAAUCAUGAAGGUGUUUAUUGGAGUUCUUGCCCUCGCUGUGGCUAUCGCCCAUGCUGCUCCCGCCAGUCAAAACGAGGCCGAAGCUCCCAUCGUUCAACAGGUCUCGGACAUCCAGCCGGAUGGUAGUUUUAGCUAUGCCUUCGAAACUGGCAACGGAAUCAAAGUAGAGGACCAGGGAACCAUCAAACUAGUUCGUGUCCCCAAAACCGACGAUACCGGACGUACGAUUGGCGAAGAUGAAGUUCCCGUGUCGGUGCAGACCGGUUCCUUCCAGUAUACCGCUCCUGAUGGCCAAGUCUAUACGCUUAAAUACAUUGCGGAUGAGAACGGAUUCCAACCACAAGCCGAUCAUCUUCCAGUAGCGCCAAGUGCUUAGAAGAAUCGGAUCAGCAAACGAACUCCAUACUAGUGUGCCAAACAAAACCACAAAAGUCGCCACAUGUAAUGAUACUCCCUUCUGUAAAUAAAUGCUUCAAAAUGAUAGCUCAA